CCUUAAAUUCAGGCUCCUGCUCACAUGGGAAAUGCUCUCUGAGAGUUACGGACAUCCUGUGCAAGAACAUGAAGCACCUGUGGUUCUUCCUCCUCCUGGUGGCGGCUCCCAGAUGGGUCCUGUCCCAGGUGCAGCUGCAGGAGUCGGGCCCAGGACUGGUGAAGCCUUCGGAGACCCUGUCCCUCACCUGCGCUGUCUCUGGUGGCUCUAUCAGCAGUUACUGGUGGGGCUGGAUCCGCCAGCCCCCAGGGAAGGGGCUGGAGUGGAUUGGGAUUAUCUAUGGUAGUGGUGGGAGCAACUACCUUAACCCGUCCCUCAAGAGUCGAGUCACCCUGUCAGUAGACACGUCCAAGAACCAGUUCUCCCUGAAGCUGAGCUCUGUGACCGCCGCGGACACGGCCGUGUAUUACUGUGCGAGAGACACAGUGAGGGGAGGUGAGUUUUAUCUUUUGAAGGCGGGUGCUCAGAACCACCAGGGGGCUCUCAGGACACCAGGAUGCACUCAGAACAACCAAGGGAUACUCAGGACUGCCAGAGGACAUUCACCAUACCAUGGGGAGCUCAGGUCACUAAGGGGCACUCAGAAUCACCAGGGGUCACUCAGGACACCACCAUGCACUCAGAACCACCAGGGGGCACUCAGGACACCAGGGGGAACUCAGGGCACUAGGGGGUGCUCAGAACCACCAGGGGGCACUCAGGACACCAGGGGGGCUCAGAAACACAAGGGUGUGCUCAGAACCACCAGGGGGAACUCAGGACCGCAGGGGUCACUCAGAACACUAGGGGGCACUGAGAACCACCAGGGAGCCCUCAGGACACCAGUGGGUGCUCAGGACCUCCAGGGGGCGCUGAGGACAUAA